UAUUUAAAUUCAUUUUGAGAUUUUAAUUAUUAAUAUGUAGUCUCCACCGAAAGGCGCAACCAUACCAUACCGUCCUAAGCCGGCUAUGCCUCCAGUGAUAUUUGCUGGCGGACAGGCAUAUACAAUACAAGGACAGUACGCAAUCCCGCACCCGGAUUGUCACGGCUUAGUCGAGUUUCCCGCAUCGGGGCUGCAGAUCGGAAACACUGCUUUUAAGUGGUUCAAGUAG